GGAUGGUCUCUAUGAUACGUUCAUGAUGAUCGAUGAAACCAAGUGCCCUUCCUGUUCAAACUCACUCUGCAAUCCCUCUGAAGCCCCUCUACCUAGAAGGCUAAAUAAGUGAAGACCUGCAGAGCCAGCCCAGCCUACUAUUAGGCAGAGAAAAUUCCCAGAGCUAGACCCUGGACCACAUAUACCUUCCCUACAGCUUGUCAGUGAUGCUGCAUUUCCUAGAGAGGCGUUGCUUUGGGUUAAGACAGUGAUUUUCUGUUAAAGUUCGAAUAUCCCUAAAGAGAUCGCCACUGAGCAGUUCACGAGGGAUCAUACUCAGCCCUUUGUGAAUGGAGCUGAGAUGAAGGUGGAACAGUUGUUUCAGGACUUUGGCACCAGAAGGUCUGAUACCCUUCAGUCAGAUGGCAUCAACACCUCUGAAAAAGGCUCCCUGGUUGUUUCUAAGGGGAAAAGCUCAGACAACUGGAACACAGUGAAACGCAGCAGUUCAGCCAAACCACCGAAGGUGGUGCCCCUGACUCCUGAGCAGGCUCUGAAACAGUAUAAGCACCACCUCACCGCCUAUGAGAAGCUGGAGAUCAUCAACUACCCAGAAAUCUACUUUGUGGGUCCAAAUGCCAAAAAGCGGCAAGGAGUUGUUGGCGGCCCCAAUAAUGGGGGCUAUGAUGAUGUGGAUGGGACCUAUAUUCAUGUACCUCGGGACCAUCUAGCUUAUCGCUAUGAGGUCUUGAAAAUUAUUGGCAAGGGGAGUUUUGGUCAGGUAGCCCGUGUCUAUGAUCAUAAACUUCGACAGUACGUGGCCCUAAAAAUGGUGCGCAAUGAGAAGCGCUUUCAUCGUCAGGCAGCUGAAGAGAUCCGGAUUUUGGAACAUCUUAGAAAACAGGAUAAGACUGGCAGCAUGAAUGUCAUCCACAUGCUGGAAAGCUUCACCUUCAGGAACCACGUAUGCAUGGCCUUUGAGCUGCUAAGCAUAGAUCUGUACGAGCUGAUUAAAAAGAACAAGUUUCAGGGUUUUAGCAUCCAGUUGGUGCGCAAGUUCGCCCAGUCCAUUUUGCAGUCCUUGGACGCUCUUCACAAAAAUAAAAUCAUCCACUGUGACCUGAAGCCAGAGAACAUCCUCCUGAAGCACCAUGGGCGCAGUGCAACCAAGGUCAUCGACUUUGGGUCGAGCUGUUUCGAGUACCAGAAGCUGUACACGUACAUCCAGUCCCGUUUCUACAGAGCUCCAGAGAUCAUCUUGGGGUGCCAGUACAGCACGCCUAUCGAUAUCUGGAGCUUCGGCUGCAUCCUCGCGGAACUUUUGACAGGACAGCCCCUGUUCCCCGGAGAGGAUGAGGGAGACCAGUUGGCCUGCGUGAUGGAGCUGCUAGGGAUGCCGCCACCAAAGCUACUGGAGCAAUCCAGGCGUGCCAAGUACUUCAUUAGCUCCAAGGGCCUGCCUCGCUACUGCUCUGUGACUACUCAGGCAGAUGGGCGGGUUGUGCUUAUCGGGGGUCGGUCACGCAGGGGUAAAAAGCGAGGUCCCCCAGGCAGCAAAGACUGGGAGACAGCACUGAAAGGGUGUGAUGACUACUUGUUCAUAGAGUUUCUGAAAAGAUGUCUUCACUGGGACCCUUCUGCCCGCCUGACUCCAGCUCAAGCAUUAAAACACCCUUGGAUUAGCAAGUCUGCACCCAAGCCUCUCACCAUAGACAAAGUGUCAGGGAAACAGAUAACUAAACCUACAGAUACUUUCCAGGGACUGGGUUCCAAGCUGCCUCCCGUUGUUGGAAUAGCCAGUAAGCUCAAAGCUAACCUCCUGUCAGAAACCAGCGGCAGUAUACCUCUGUGCAGUGUAUUGCCAAAGCUGAUUAGCUAAUGGACCGCUCAGAAACGCUUAUGAAUGUAUUUUUAAUUACCUUGGAAACAUGCAGAAGGAAAACAAUGCAAGCCCAUUGAUGGAUAUGUUUUUGUUAGAUUAGACUUUUUUUUAAAACAAAGCAGAACAUUUUUAUAUGAUGAUAAAAGAACUCUUCAAGGGCUGAUUACCUAACCAGCUUAUAUUGGCCAUCUGGAGUGUACAUUAAAUGGCUUUUCAUAGGUCCA